ACACGGAAUAAUUCUAUGUCUGAUAUCUUUGAAUUAUACGAUAAAAAGAUGAAAUUAAUAAUUAUGUAGAUCUGCUGUCAUGUUUUCGAUUUUGUAAAUUAAUACAAUUAUUCAUUGCUUUGAGCUUAUAUAUAUUUAAAAAAAAAUGUUUAAUCAUUUUGGAAGAAACAAUAUAUUGUGUUUAUGUAAACGUUCUUAUGUCAGAUUAGUAGAAGUAGGUCGGAUAAAUCCAGUAAAGCAUAUUGAAAAAUAUGAAACGGGCCAGUUGUUUUUUCACCGGAUAUUUGGAUACAGAGGGGUGAUAUUGUUUCCGUGGUUAGCCAGAGUAUACGACCGUGAUGUUGUCAUCAAAGCAGAAAAUGCCGCAGGAAAAGAUGUUAAAGGAAAGACACAUACGUAUUAUCAAACUUUAAUAGAUGAAAGAGAUUGUCCAUUUAUUAGGGCACAAACAGAAGCUGUUACUUUUCUUGGAAAUCAAGAUACCAGUCGCAGUUUGUAUGCAAUACCUGGUCUAGAUUAUGUAGCUCAAGAAGAUAUACUACCAUACACAGCAACUGAAAAACAACCGUUACAACAUGAACUUUUUGAUAAAUUUCUCAUGUAUUAUCCCAAUAAAGAUCCACCAUUUGGAGCACAAGAAACAUUACGAUCGUGGCAAAAAAAAAAUCAUCCUUGGCUAGAGUUGUCAGAUGUUCAUAAAGAAACUACAGAAAAUGUUAGGGUCACAGUAAUACCAUUCUACAUGGGUUAUAGGGAGUCUCAAACUAAUUCUGUGUAUUGGUGGAGAUAUUGUAUACGAUUAGAAAAUUUAGGUGAACAAAGUGUUCAACUGAGAGAAAGGCAUUGGAGAAUAUUUAGUUUAUCUGGAACAUUAGAGACUGUUCGUGGAAGAGGAGUUGUGGGCCAAGAACCUGUACUUUCGAAAAAAUCACCUGCAUUUCAAUACAGUAGUCAUGUGAGCUUACAAGCUCCUAGUGGACACAUGUGGGCACUGAACGUGAGUACCAAAAUUUAAGAUGCGUUCGAAAAGGAUGGCAAACAUUCCAGUCUAUCUGUGUCAAGACAAUAAAUUUUUGAAUGAAUGUGUUCAAAUAGAUGAGUCAUUACUACAAGGAAAGAGGAAAUAUAAUAGAAGCAGGAUUCUACUGAGUGAUCAUAAAGGUGUAAAUUUAAUGGAGAACAAUAGUUCAAACUCAUAUUCUGAUCCUGAAUAUAUUCCUCAUAACAACAGGAAUAGAAAUUAUGGCAAACGAGUAUAAGUACCUUGGGUUUUUGGAAUGUGUUGGCAGCAUAAUGGUAUAAUGUGUUAUAAUGUGUUUUUAUACUAUUAAAAAAAUAUAUAUUUUUAAUUUGUAUGUAGAUCACUCCUCCUGAAUUUGCAGAUAACUCUACCGUAAUAGAUCACCUGCUAUAUGAAUGCCUACAAUUCUUCCACCAUAAUUUUUAUAUAAGUAAAAGCUAUUAUUAUUACAAACACUUAAUAAUUAAAACUGUAAUAGGAGCAUAGGGUAGCAUAGUGUUUAGCUGCAGUCACUAAAUAGUGCUGUGAUUCAAUAUCGCCCAAUGUUGCUAGCUCUCGGAUGGGUAACCACCUGAGUUCUUAGCAACAAGACUAUGUCAUAUAUACGGAAAUAUGUGUUCUAAAAACAGUACCUUACCUUACACUAAAAAACAUUAAAGAAUCCUACAGCAAAUGGCCUAAGUUAUCAAAACUUGACUAAGAAAAAAAAUGUACCAUAGAAACAAUGGUAUCAUUUAUGAGUGAGAUGGUAGAAAUAGUUUCCAACCAAUGUUUACUUUUUUGCUAAUGCUGUUGUUUUAUAUUCUCGAUUAUAAAUAUAUUCUGUUUAAAUAACUUUUUUAAUUUCAAACUUGUAUUAGUUUUUAAUUCCAAAAUAUUAUUAACUGGUACACUUAAUACUUAUACAUAUUAAGAAUAAUAAUAAAAAAAGUAUACUAUUUAUAAAGACAAACCUGUUAAACUAUGUCUGUGAUUUGUUGAUCAUAAAUAAAAUUAAAUAAUAACUCAUGAUAAGAGUACUUAAAAUCAUCAUAAUACCUCAUAAAUUAUAAUAAAAAUUACAUAUUUGUAAAAAAUAAGAUUCAAAUUCAGAAUUUUUAUUUUUUUAGCCCCCUCCCCCCUCACAAAUACAACAUUUUAAACAAAACUUUUUAUCCCUAUGCAAUAACAAUGCUUUUGAAUAGACAAUGGAAUAAUAUAUACAUAAAGAAUUUAUGUCUUACUAACCAUACUGUAGUUAUUACUGUAUACAAUAUGCCAACAUACCCUAUGUAUUGCUGUACUUAAACAAAAAAUGUAA